GGAACAUCCCAAUGACCAGGCUAUGGGUCACGGUACCGGUCGUCUUCUUUGAGUCGGUAGUGGGGCCUUGUUCAAAAUCAGCACCACCUAUGACAGCAGCGCAGGCUGUGAACAAGCGACACGAGAAAUCGACAAUAUCGCUUCAUAUAUUACUCUAACGGACUAAAUGGGACUGCGCCUCUGUGUCACGGCCAGAACGGACGGCAAUUGCCCGCGUGCCACUUGACUGCCCAUAGCUGCCUUGCUACCUGGGGAGUACGUUCCACCCACUGUCGGCACAUUGGGCUGGCCUAUUCUACAGAAUCUAUCUGGCGAUGGAACUUCAUUUGUCUCCUUCGGGUCGUUAGAACACCCAAGUGGUGGGGCUUGACCCCCCCGGGACUGGUUAAAACUCGCCCUCUGGCAAUCCGCAGGUGACUUCCCCAUCCCAAGUCACCCCUGCCGCGUCGUUUCUCAGCAUCUGUGUCUCGAACCUCCAUGAGCGUGAGCUCAUCAUGGUAGUCUCACCGCAAAGCCACCUUGCCGGUGGCCGCAGCCAGGACUCUCUCGAUGAUGCAGAGAAGGGCAUGUACGAGAGCACUCUGGAGUUGACGGCGCCUCCACCUUUCGUCUACAUGGGCCCGAAGAGGGCAACGCACAUCAACACCCAGCUGUUAUCCCCUGCCUCACCAGUCCAUGAAGGCAUCACGCCGUUCUCCAGUGUGCCUGAACUGUCGCUGUCAUGGCCGGCAGGGCGGCGGGCCACCGACGCCAACGUACUCGAGGCGACCGUCAAGAAACCAGCACCGCGAAAACCAAAAAUCAGUCGAUGGAUCCUAUUCGAUCUUUGGUUCAACACGUACCGGAAGUUUUUCACGUUCGUUACCUUGCUCAACUUGACUGGAAUCAUCAUGGCCGCACUGGGGCGGUUCCCUUACGCCGAGAACCACCUGGGCGCCUUGGUACUGGGCAACCUCCUCUGCGCAAUUAUGUUCCGAAACGAGUUGUGGAUGCGUUUUCUGUACAUGGUUGCCAUAUAUGGCCUGCGAAGCUGGGCCCCAAUGCGCGUCAAGUACGCAGCGACGUCUAUUCUGCAGCAUGUCGGAGGCAUCCAUUCGGGAUGCGCUCUCUCCGGUGCUGCCUGGCUGGUGUUCAAGAUCGUCGACAUCAUUCGUUAUCGCGCCGUUCAAAACCCUGCUGUGAUCGCCAGCGGCAUAAUCACAAACGUCUUUAUUAUCAUUUCCGUCUUAAGUGCCUUUCCUUGGGUUCGCAACACGUAUCAUAACGUAUUCGAAAAGCAUCAUCGGUUUAUUGGAUGGUUGGGCCUCGCAACCACCUGGAUAUUCGUAGUUAUGGGAAAUGUUUACGACGUUAAACUUGGGCAAUGGAGAUCCGACACGCACGCCCUGCUCAGCGCGCAAGAGCUUUGGUUUGCCGUUGUCCUCAUCCCUUGGGUUACCCUUCGUGAGGUCCCUGUUGAGGUUGAAAUCCCAUCUCCCAAAGUUGCGGUUCUCCGUUUCGAGCGUGGCAUGCAGCAGGGUCUCUUGGGAAGAAUCAGCCGCACUUCAAUCAUGGAGUACCACGCCUUUGGGAUCAUUAGCGAGGGCCGGAAGGCUAGGCAUCACUAUAUGAUCUGCGGCGUUCAGGGUGACUUCACCAAGGAUCUUGUUGCCAAUCCACCCAAGACAGUGUGGACUAGGGAGCUGAAGUUCGCUGGCGUGGGGCAUGCCUCGGCAAUGUUCAAGAGAGGCAUUCGCGUCUGCACCGGAACCGGCAUCGGGGCAGCGUUGUCCACGUGCAUCCAGAGCCCGGACUGGUUCCUCAUUUGGAUAGGCUCUGAUCAAGAGAGAACGUUUGGGCCGACGAUUACGGGCCUGAUCCAUAAGCACAUGGAACCCGAGAGGAUGAUCCUCUGGGACUCAAAGAAACGAGGAGGACGACCAGACACUAUGGAACUUCUCAAGGAUACCUGGACAAGAUUUGGAGCCGAGGUCAUCUUCAUUACGUCCAACAUGCAGGGAAAUGAUGAGAUGAUGCAAGGCUGCCGCGCAGCCGGGUUGCACGCAUUCGGCACUCUAUGGGACUUCUAA